AUGUCAACAGAAAAAUCUUUUUUAUCCUUCGUCGUAUUGUUAUUACUAUGCUUACCUUUUGGAUCAACCGCACCUUCUAGACCAACCGCAUCUUCUGAUAACAUAUAUUAUCUAUCAUUAGGAGAUUCGUUUGCUGCGGGCGUUAAGCCUAUCGCUCCUAAUGAAACGAUUACUCCAGCUUAUUCGUACGCAGACGCAUUGUAUGAACUGUUACUGUUAAAGAAGGAUUAUAAUAAUUUAAAAUUAAUAAAAUAUGGGUGCAGUGGCGCAACAAGUGAUGAUAUUGUUAGUCUUGACAAAUGUAAUCAGGAGAACCCGAAGUAUAGUCAAUUAGAUCAAGUCAUAAAUUUUAUGAAAUCGAAUAGAGGCUUAGUGAAGUUUGUUACAAUUAAUAUUGGAGUAAAUGAUUUCCAUAGAUACCGCAAUGAUAAGGACAUUGAUGGAUGUUUUUCAAAAAUAUUAAAGAAUAUAUCAAAUAAUUUAACCGAUAUAAUAAUUCCCAAGUUAAAGGAAGCAGGAGGGGAGGGUGUACGAUACGCAGCUUCUACGUACUUUCAGCGUUCCACGAAUGAUUUAGAUGAUCUUUUAGUCAAGAUUUACAGUGAGAACGGUUUCAGAGUAGCAGAUAUCAGAUCUGUUUUUGGUACAAAUGGCGAUCCUGCUGAAUUCAAAAGGAGAGUAUGUCUUUACACUAAUUCGUGCAAUAAACAUAAUAACUCUCAUCCAAAUGUCGAAGGUUCACGUGCAAUUGGAAGUGAGUACGAUAAGGAAUUGGGUCCAUUCGAUUAG